AUGCCUCAAGGUCGCUUCCAAUGCCCUUUGAGCCAUUCAGAACCUCCACGGGACACCUCACAAGCCCCCAACGAUGUCUCCCGUCAGCAGGGCGAAACAAUCCAAGACCCAUUAGCAUUGGCAGAUACCAGCAGCUCGGUGAGCCCGAAUGGGAGUCUUUUCGAAGCUUUCGAAAAGGCAACGAAGACGUUCAACCUCUGUCCGAACCGAGUGUGGGCUGUUGCUGGCAAGGCUCUCCCAGAGCUGCUGCCAGUUGGCAAGCCGGUCCCUAGCCACAGCGGCCAUGACCAUUGCGAGAUCGAUCAUUGUCAGCUCUCUAGCCUUGACUCCACGAAGCUUCCACGGCGGCACGAGUGCAAUGACAGUAAAUGUGAACAGCUGCGGGUGUUUCCCGAAGAUAAACUAGAAGAAGCCACCUGGAAAGGAAAAUCGACUGUCUGGGCGCUGGAUGGGCGGACUUUACUCGACUUCCCUCGCCCCUUCAUGGCCAUCUCGCAUGUUUGGUCAGAUGGCACAGGAGCGGGACACUGGCGUCAGCGCGGGGAGGGGGUGAACUCAUGUCUAUAUUCAUAUUUCAAAACCAUUGCAGAGCAGUUCCAAUGUGAAGGGAUCUGGUGGGAUACUAUCUCCAUCCCCGAUGAAAGGGCCGCUCGGGCGCAGGCAAUUAGAGAUAUGCAGCGCAACUAUCAGUAUUCUCGGGUUACCCUUGUCCAUGAUUGCUUUCUUCGGAACUGGGAAUGGAUUGAUGCUGAAACUUCAUGCUUUGCUAUUCUCAUGUCACCUUGGUUUAGUCGAGGCUGGACAGCGCUGGAGCUAGCGGAGUCUCGCAAGGUGAAGGUGAUCUUUAAGGGACCCUACGGUCGCCCUCUUAUUAAAGAUCUGGAUGAAGACAUUCUUGCAAAGAGCACUGAUUCUGAAAUAUCAGAAUCCCAUAGAAUCUCAACAAACAUUAUUAGGAACCUUCGAGAUGGGAUCACAACAUUGAACGAUCUCUUAGCUACCUUGGGCUCACGUUAUACUUCAGUUUCCAAGGACAAAGCAAUUAUUGCCAGUCUCUUGUUAGGUGUUAAUAUACAGUCCAAGAACCGGCGAGAGUCGGUUCUGGAGUCGGCUCUAUACACUCGCAUUUUAGAGAAGUUUCACAAAAUUUCCCAUGGACAUCUAUAUCACGGUUCAGCAACCAUGACCCAAAACUGGAUAUGGUGUCCAACCAGCCUGUUCAAUAUGCCCACCGCAUCCAACCGAAACCCCCUAGUUAUUGAGAACGGUGGAGACCUUGUUGGGGAAUGGAAACUUGUUCCUGUGGACAAUACCCUCAGUGAAAGGUACUCUUGGGAUUACAAGCAGCCUGUACUGACGGACAGGAUCCAACAUGCUUUGAAGCGUCCAGAAAGAUAUGUCCUCCUGAUUGAACCUGACCUAGAGUCACCAGAUAAGGGUUUGCUAGUGGAAGCAGUAGAAUCCAAAGGGGAAACAGGAGAGCUCCACUGUCGAUACAUUGGCGGCUUGUCUUUCAGCAGAGCAUCGCUGAAACAAUACAUAAAGGAAACGAAAGCUGUCAAGGAAAUGCAAGUUAGGAUAUUGAGUAAUAUGGAGGAGGCUAAAGAUGUUGAUCGACCAGCUUGGGACCUUGUCCAGGCUCUCGACAACGAAAACAGCGCAAAGCGAAACUCCGCGUUGGUUAGUGGAACUGACGAAAUGGAAGCCAAAAGUGAAGUUGACCAGAGCAAUUGCAGCAAUGAAGAACAGAAAGCCGAAGGCUCGAGCCUAGUAUCCGCGGCCAAAGCCGGCAGUGAAGAACAUGUCUACAAAUGCCUAUCUCUUGGGGUAGACCCCAACUACCAAGACGAGUAUCAGUGGACAGCAUUGCACUAUGCUACUUUGAGAGGGCAUUCUAAGGUUAUCAAGUUGCUCCUCAGUCAAUUCAAUGCAGACGCGAAUACCCAGGAUAGACUAGGACAACAAGCACUACAUCUCGCUGCUGAAAGAGGGAAUUGCAAGGUAGUUGAGCUGCUCUGCGAGUAUACCAAAGAUCCUCAACGUACUUUUGAUGGAGAAACCACCCUACAUCGCGCAGCCUGGGGAGGGUCCUUAGCCGUUGUUGACUUCAUUAUCAACUUUCUUGGUGAGAGUAUAAGUGCUCGUGAUGCUAAGGGGCGCACUGCGUUACACUUGGCGGCCGAGAAAGGAUUCGAGCCGGUAGUUGCAUUGCUAUUGGAAAAGAUGGGCUCUGAACUAGAUAUACAGGAUAUGAAUGGCGUUACACCUUUCUACUACGCAGUAGCGAACGGGCAUGAACUCGUUUCUCAGCUGUUAGCGGACAAGGGCGCUAACGUCCUGGCCAAAGAUUGCAUAUUUGGAUGGACUCCCCUCCAUUGUGCGGCGGCCAUCGGGCACGAAGCAAUUGUCCAUAUGCUUCUUCGUAAGGAGACAGACGUCAAUGCAAAGGAUCAAUAUGUCCAGUGGACACCUCUUCACUUUGCAGCUAUGAACGGGCACUUCAACAUGGUCAAGCUGUUAGUUGAGAAGCAGGCUAAAGUUAACGCAAGUGAUAGAGAGGGCUGGACGCCUCGGCAGCUUGCUGAAGUGAAAAGACAUACGAGAGUAGCCAGCUACCUUAUUGAGAAGGGCGACAAUGGCAAGCUCCACCAGAUGGAAGACGACCGCUGGAUGCCGCAGCACUGCUUUGCUGUGGAUGGUCAAUCGGAUCCAUGCCAGCUACUAAAACUCGAGAGGGACUUACCAAACAUGCCGCUAUUGCGUUGGGUAGCAUUGACGGGCCUUAAAAUUACGUUUGACUUCAUUGUUACAAGCCGUGGUGGCGAUAUCGAAGCCAAAGGCGAGGACGGAUAUACAUUACUACAGUGGGCUGUCUUGAAUGGCUUAGAGGGUGUAUUCUCUCUCUUGACUAAAUACGAUGUUAACAUGCGGGUUGAAAGCAAGUCUGGUGAGAAAUUGAUACACUUAGCGGUCUCCAACAGACAUGAUACCCUAGUGAAGCUCUUAAUUGGUCAUGGUGCUUUUAUCAACGCCACGGAUAAUGACACAAUGACCCCAUUGCAUUAUGCAGUGCGCAAUCAAGACCAGGCAGUAGUUGAGCUGUUGGUAAACAGUGGCGCGAACAUUGAUGCUAAGGCAAGGGACGGAAGCUAUCCACUCUACCUUUCUGUAAGGUAUGGAUACGAAAAGAUAGCCAAAUUUCUAAUUGCGAAAGGCGCUAGUACCAACAUCUUACACUCUGGAUGGACGCUGUUAAUAACCGCCGCACAUUUUGGUCAUGAAGCAGUAGCUAGGCUGUUAGUUGAUGAAGGGCUAGAUGUUGACGCAAAGGACAACGAAGAUUUGCGAGUAUUGGUUCAUGCGGCAAUAGGUGGAAAUGAGCGGGUGGUUUUGCUGCUUAUUGACAAAGGGGCAGACAUUAACAAAGCCGAUUCCAGGUCCACAUCAUCCAAACGGACGACACUGCUACAUUAUGCCUCAAAAAACGGGCACAGAGAAGUAGUAGAGCGGCUUCUGGAUAAAGGGGCUGAUGUCAAUGCCUGGGACAACGACAGCAAAACUCCUCUAUAUGAAGCAACGAGUACGGGCCAUAAGGAAAUAGCCAUGCUGCUCCUCGGGCGUGGCUCUAUGGUUACCUGUGGCAAUCGUUCAAUAUAUCCACAAAGACCGGGUAGUCUUUCUAAUGCGACACCACUACAUAAUGCUGCUGCAGCUGGAAUGGAGGAAGUUGUCGAUUUAUUGAUUAAGAAGGGCGCUGAUGUUGAGGCAAUGACAGACGACGGAGAACGGCCAAUACACUGUGCAGCAAGAAGAGGAGAAGAAGAAACAGUCCGCAUGCUUAUUCGUCACAAGGCAAAAUUAAAGGUAAGUACAAAGGAGCAGUACUACACACCGCUUCACCUUGCGGCGGACUUUGGACACGACGGAGUAAUCGAGGUACUUAUCGAUAGCGGUGCUGAUAUUGAGGCCAAAUCCCGGGAGUAUCAAUACACGCCGCUCCAUCUUGCAGCAAAAUCUGGGCAUGAGAGAGUAGUGAAGCUACUUAUCCAGCGGGGAGCUGGUAUUGAGGUAAAGACAGUUAAGACGUGUUUCACGCCACUUCAUCUUGCGGCGCAAUAUGGGCAUGAGAGAGUAGUUGAGCUACUUCUCGAGAACGGCGCCGAUACCAAGGCAGAGGACGAUGACCCUGGGUGGGGAGUGCUUCAAACAUUCCGUCUUGGUACACCGCUGCACGUUGCAGCAGCAGCAAGACAGGAGGGAGUGGUCAAGCUACUUAUUGAGAAGGGAGUGAAUGUCGAUGCAAUAAAUAAGAACGGCAACACGCCACUUGAAGUUGCAAUAACAAAGUCAAAAGAGGAUGUUGCCAGGGAUAUCACUAACAGAGAAGGUGUGAUAGCCGAAAGGGAAAUACAAGCUAGAAAUGAGAGAACGAUCAUGCGGCUCAUUGAAAGUGGCGCUGACAUUAGGCUGAAACAAAAAGAAGGCUGGACACCACUACACGGCGCAGCUUCUCAGGGCUACGUGGCGGUAGCGAGGCUACUACUUAAGAAAGGAGCAAAUAUCGAGGCAAAACGCGAGAAGGGCGGGUACUCCGGCUGGGAUAGCGUACUCGUCGGGCUUAUCCUAGAGGGGAUGACACCACUACACACGGCAGCUCAAUGCGGGCAAAAGGAAAUGGCUGAGUUGCUGCUCGAGGAAGGCGCCUCUAUUGACGCAAUGACUAAAGAGGGAGCGACGCCGCUACAUCUUGCGGCAUGGCGUGGGAGGCUGAGUAUCAUCGAGCUACUGCUUGAUAAAGGGGCUUAUAUAGAGGCAAAAAGUGACAAAGGUUACACACCACUUCAUGUCUCGUCUUUCGAAGGGGAACUGAGUGUUGUUGAGCUUCUUGUUCACAGAGGGGCCGAUAUCAAUGCUAGAUCACGAUUCAAAAAAACACCACUCCAUUUUGCGAAAGAGUCUAGAGGUAGAAAGGCCUUCGACUUUCUCGUUGCCAAUGGUGCUGGAUACUAG